UACUUUAUUUUGGAGUAUACUAGAGAAUCAUCCAUCCAAAUUUCCGAAAUCAGCAAAUCUAAAGCUAAAAUCCCUCUUCUCCAGAUAAUCAUCUUUCUGUAUGAUAGACGCAUGUUUGUGAGAUCCAAUAUCCACCUCGGAGAUGCACCUCAAAGAAUAUGGGACCACCCUUGAGACGUACCUGUUGCAAAAGUAAGAGAUCAGCUGCCAUACGUUCCAAGUACAGGGAGGAGAGUGAUCAAGACACAACUCCUACAGUCAUGAAGAAAGGUGCGAAGAGGUCACGAUUAAAAUGCGAUGUGUGCAGCCGACUACUAAAAGGAAGAACAUGAGAGCCAAGAGGAAUAUAUUUUGUGAAAUUUGUCCAGGAUUUCCAAAAUCUUCCAAGGCAUCUUUUUACUUACUUUGGUGAGCAAAGCCACAAGUGCAAAGUCUGUGGGAAAGCAUUCUUCGAGGCCCGCGUCCUUGACAAGCACGAGACGACCCACACAAAGAAGUUCAAGUGUGGCGUCUGCGGAGAGAUGUUCAGCAAGCUUCGAGUAGCUAGGCGGCAUGCUAAGAUCCACCUCCCCAGUAAACCCUACAGCUGUGAGAUCUGCAAACAAGCCUUCCGCACCCGCAGCGACGUUCGGAAUCACCUAAAGAUCCACUCUUCCAGACGCUUUGUAUGUGAUAUCUGCGGACAGGGGAAACAUAGCCUCAAUGCACUCAACUCCCACAAGCGAAAACACACCGGCGAGAAACCCUACGUUUGUGAGAUUUGUGGAAAGAGUUUUAGAUACUCUAGUGGCUUGCACGUUCAUAACUUCUCCCACACAAGCGGAAAACCCUAUUCUUAUCCUUUCUGCAGAGAGUCCUUUGCCCAUAACUACCUGAGGAAGCGCCAUCUCUUGACUCACGAAACAGAUGCAGUAGUCUCGGAGAAGGAUAGUCAGGGUGACGUUUCUCUCAAAGCUGAUGUGCAGCAGAACAAGAACCUCAUUAUUCAACAGCUUUCAUCUAACUCCCAGGAUGUGGGAAUGAUUUCACAACUUGGCACCCUGGAACAGACGUCAUCUCUAGAAGAGCCAUUGAUGCAGGAAGCCAGUGCUGAUCAGACUACUUGCUACCCCGAGACAGAUCUGCUAGGACCCCAAUCGUCCUCCCAGAAUGAUCAACAGACGUUUGCCAACAAGGCGAAGAAUAUCAACAAGGUUCUGGGACCGGACGCUUUCAAGCAAAACUUGAUCAAUGGCCGUGGCAGCCGUCAAACACCUGUAGAUUCUCUCGUUUUACCUCUCAAGGAUUUGCAGCGGCAGGGCAGGGAAAGCGAUGAUCUGCCAAGACACUAGUAACAGAUUUCAGAUGAGGGAGCUUGUUCCAAAGUAAGAAGCGGCCGAGGUGAAAGCUACAAGCACCACAAGGAGUUUGGAGCAGAGUGGCUGAGCAAAGGUCAUCAGUCAUCAUCCCAACUUACUAUGAACAGCCCAGGUUUCUAAAUUAUGUAACUAAUUUAGUACAAGGAUAUUUUCAAAUCAAUUCUUGCGUGUUCAGUUUUUUGUUUUUGUUGUUUUUGGUUACGGUUAUAAAUAGGAUGCCUUCAGUAUUAUAUGCUCAAAUUCUAUGCUUUUGAAAUUCAAUGCCACCAUUUGUAUUACAUUGUAUAAAUAAUCUAGCACAUUGUAGUUCCAGCUAGGUACAAGAAUUUUAACGAAACCCUUCAACAUUUUGGUUAUGACUGUUGACUCCCCAGUUCUGCUUUCUGUUGAGGGAGGUACUUUAUGAUGAUGAUUUCAGCUACUUGUAGAGACUAAGCAUCAUCACACCUCGAUCUAGCUUCCGAAGAAGAUUACAUCCAACCAAUACUGGAUGGUUAGAGCGGGCAGUCUGACAUGCUACCCUCCGCAACCAAAAACCUUCCAAGUAAUGUCCGUAAAUUGUCACAGGCACUUCAAUCAAUGUAUCCCUCAAAGGGGAUUUCUAAAUUUAUCUUCCACAUAACUAUUUUUCUUUCAUUUCAAGAACCUUAGUUGACCAUUGAUCAGAUGAUGAGUGUUCUAAAGUCCAAACAAUCUGGUGUAUCAUGCCAGGAACAUGGUCAUAGUUUCUUCCCUUUGCCUUAUUUUGGGGGUUGGUUCCUUCUUCUUUUUGUCCUUCAAUCAGUAAUUGUUAAAAACUUCUGUAGCAUGAACUCUUAAUGUGUUAUACACUUCACAGUAGGGCGCUUUCGCAGACACGACGGAAGCAAAGACCACGGGAGAAUUACGGCGAUCAGCUCUUCCGUCAUGUUUAGGGAAUGAACGCUAUCAUGGCCGCAUACGGUCAUGAAAAUCAACAGGACCAAACAAUUUUUUUGCUCGCGUUAACGUCGUCUUUGCCUUCUGUCGUGUUUGCGAAAGCGCCCUAGUGACAGCCUUGACACAUUUGAAAUGAUUUGUGAUGGCAUGGUCAUUUAGAUGGCAGACAAGCUUCUAAUACAAGUGCAUACCUGCCAACAUUUGAAAAUAAGAAUUAAGAAUUUCUAGAAGGGGCAGCGUCUCUGCGGGGGUUAGGGUGCAGCGCUACCGAAAACUGAAGCAUUAUGGCACAAACGAAAUAAAAUGCUGGGCUCUGGCUAACCAUUAACCCAUCUUGCUAGUUGUACAAUUGUUACUGACCAUUACAGGUGUGUAGAUAGGCCUGACAGGACUUGAUAAGUUGCACUUUUUGCUGCCUUGAGUGUUUCUGGGGAAUAUUCAGAGGAAAAACACUUUCUACCCCUACUCUGCACUGCCAACUUAUGGAUGAGCAAUGCACCUAAGAGUCAAAUGUUCAUCUUUUGACCAAUACAAGAUUGUAAAAUGAAAGGAGAAUUUAACUCACUCUAGUCAACUCAAUUCAGUGAAGCGAUUGUUCAACACAGCUACGGCAACAUUUGACAUGCAUCAUUCCUUGUGAAUCUUAUACCCUUUUUUAAACUCCAAGAUCAUUAUAGUGAUCAAGUGGGUUGUAUCUGUCUCUAAACGCCCUCUCUCACCUCAUCGCUCUCUCUCACCUCAUCGCUCUCUGAACUUCCUCUUCCUCUCGCAAUACAAAAAAAUCCAACAGCGGUGAUAAAAUAUCAGACACAAUUAGAUACCAGAGACUUUGAAUAUUUGCGAGAGGUCUUUUAUGUAUAGACUUUCUUUUGUGAAACAGACUAGUUUCUCGAGAGACUUUGGGGUUGUCUAGACAUGAAUCUUUGUGAAACACCCCAAAACUGCAAUCUUUGCUAUCUCAUGGUAACGUUUGAAGUGUAAUGGGCCCAUAAUGGGUCAGUGACGACAAGUACAGAAAAAAAUGAAAACUAAAGAAGCUCGGAUAUACAACUGAGGUCUACUUUAUUAUUUAUAAAGUCAGCCAAAGCUACAGUCGUUACAAACAAAGAUUAUUUAUUUAAGGACAUUUUAAAAUAGCUUAUUCUCUCAGAGGCUGGGCGGCCCUAUAGAUUGAGUGAAACUAGCAGCACAUCCUUAACAUAGUAACGGAAUGAAAUAAAGACAGCUACGAAAUCCAGCACAUGGCAUCAGGAGGACCCUUACGAAGACAACCAAUUACAAGAUAGGAUAUAUAAAAUGACCCUUGGGUCAUCCGACCUCUAGAUCAGUUCAAUCCACCAAUUAAGAGAGGAGUUAUACAUUUAAUUUAAUAUAAUCAAUGACAAAGCAUAAUGGAUAGAGUGACUUGAAUUAGGCACCAACAGAAAUGGGAGCAGUCUGUAGCUCCGCAAGAAUGUCAG